AUGCAGACUCAAAUCGGUGUCGGUAACGAGCUUCAAAGGAGUUAUAGGAUGCAAGACUUCGCAUCGCCUGGCGUUAUCAUGAGGGAACGCAGCUUCAUACGUCCACAAUCUCAUCACAAUAUGCAUCACCAGUUUCCAAAUAAUGGCAAAAGGAGGAGUAUGAUCUUGACGAAUGCUAAGGGCAAGCCGACUUUGGAAAUUUACAGGCCCCCUGACGGCGUGGCGACCACGGCGGUUUCCGGUACGGCUACGACUGCCACCAAUGCGUCGACUACGGCCUCUACAUCUUCUACCAACAAGCUCAAUGUACACGCUAAGGAGUUCACCAUGGCCAAGCCCGCUGACCUUCACAAUAGGCCGGCGAUGAGCCUCGGCUACACACACGUGGGACUGCAGCACUCGCGCUCAGCCGUGCUCCACGCGCAAGUGCCUCCACAUUACCGCCCCGUCAUGCCGCACUCGCUCCUCAACAGCGCCUCCAGCGGGAGUGUGUCGCCGCAGGUGGCACCUCGAGUCCACUUCAAGCUACAACCGCAACAGGCCAGUAUUCCUGAGAAAAAGAAAUCACCGCCGUCCUCCCUAACAAAUGGCAACGGCAAGAGCAUCCGUCCACAGUCUUUCACGCCUGGGCUGAAGCGCUCCAAGUCCUUAACUUCAGCGGACGCUCUCGCGAGUGGAAUGGCAGCCUUGGGACUUGCAGCCGAUGCAGGAGAUCUUGGAAAUUUCCCCCCAGAAAUACAAGAGUGUAUUGACAAGGCUCUCGAAGACCCCAACGCGGUGAUGGCGCGCACGCUGAUGGACGCGGUGGGGCACCUGGUGUCGCGCGCCGUGGAGUCGCCGCGCUACGCGCUGCCGGCCGCGCGCCGCUGCAUCGCCGUCGUGGAGCGCGAGAGCACCGAGACCUUCCUCGAGUCGCUGCUCAACACGUGCCAGCAGUGGUACCACGACCGGGACAAGCUGCUGGGCACGCUGGUGGGCGGCGGGCGGCCGCGGCUGAUGGCGUUCCUGUCGUUCCUGCUGGAGAUGUACUGCCAGUUGCGGCGCCGCGCCAUCCAGCGCCGCGGCGCGUCGGCGCAGCCCGGCCACGUGCUGCUCACGCUCAUCUGCAAGUGCUGCGAGGACUGCAUCCGCCAGCCCGUGCCCUCCGCCAGCGACACGGAGAAUCUGUUCUUCGUGCUGACGUAUAUCGGGCGCGACCUGGAGUCGUCCCUGCCGGGCGAGCUGGAGCGCCUGCUGACGGCCGUGCGCGACGCCUUCCUCAACUCCGCAGCGGCGCCCUCCAUCCGCCGCACGCUGCUGCAGCUCAUCGAGCUCCACGCCUCGCGCUGGCAGCUGCCGGGCUGUGCGGUACUCUACUACUACCCCUCCUCGAAAUAA